GAGCGCCGCUCUGCUGCGCGGUGCGGAGAGCCUGGACGCGCUGGGGAAGCCCGGCACGUUCAUUGCCAUCUGGGGUACAGCCCAUUUUCUUCCCUCCCUCGUCGACCCCCGUCCAUCUCCAUCCUCCUCCCCCUUCCCUCGCCGUGCCUGAAGCUGAAGACCGAGGCUGGUGGAUUUACCGACGUUUCCCGUCCCCCCACCCCUUUUCCAGAUGCACCUCCCCGCUCACCCUGACAGCUGCACAAGAGAGCCCAGGUUCCGUAGCGAGCACGGCAACUUGGACUGACAUGCGGAGGAGCAGCCCCGCACACACGCACGGCGGUGGUACCCACGAGAUGCAGUGAGCUCCGUUAGGAACCGGAAGGAUUUAUCCCAGUGGAGCCCCCCCACCUCCCAAAAACUCAGGAAAGCCGCCAGCAGGGGUUCUCGGCCCUUUUGGAUCUACACAGUGGAAGUUGCAUCUUGUGUAUGGCGUGGUUAAGCUUGCAGCCUCUCACCUCGGCCUUCCUCCAUUUUGGGCUGGUUACUUUUGUGCUGUUUUUGCAUGGUUUGCAGGUGGAUGCUGGCCUGACGGGAGACUCAACCAGUUCAGUACAAAACAGCUCGUGUUCAGGAUCUUUUGACUGCAAGGAAGGUGUUAUCCUGCCAAUAUGGUACCCAGAAAACCCAUCCCUUGGGGACAAAAUUGCCCGUGUUAUUGUAUACUUUGUAGCACUGAUCUACAUGUUCCUUGGAGUCUCCAUCAUUGCAGAUCGAUUCAUGGCAUCUAUAGAGGUCAUUACAUCACAAGAAAAAGAAAUCACGAUUAAGAAACCUAAUGGAGAGACCACAACAACAACCAUUCGGAUUUGGAAUGAAACUGUUUCCAACUUGACCCUCAUGGCUCUGGGCUCCUCUGCUCCUGAGAUCCUUCUGUCUCUGAUAGAAGUGUGUGGGCAUGGAUUCAUAGCUGGAGACCUGGGGCCAUCUACAAUUGUUGGCAGUGCUGCCUUCAAUAUGUUUAUCAUCAUUGCUAUCUGUGUCUACGUGAUCCCUGAUGGGGAAACCAGAAAGAUAAAACACCUGAGAGUUUUCUUUGUCACAGCUGCAUGGAGCAUCUUUGCUUACAUCUGGUUGUACAUGAUCCUUGCUGUCUUCUCUCCAGGUGUGGUUCAGGUCUGGGAAGGUCUGCUCACACUUUUCUUCUUUCCACUUUGUGUUCUUCUGGCUUGGAUAGCAGAUAGACGCCUGCUUUUCUAUAAGUAUAUGCACAAAAAGUACCGUACUGACAAGCACAGGGGCAUCAUCAUAGAAUCAGAAGGUGAUCACCCUAAGGGAAUUGAGAUGGAUGGCAAAAUGAUGAACUCCCAUUUUCUGGAUGGAAACUUAGUGACUGUGGAGGGGAAAGAGGUAGAUGAAUCUCGCAAAGAGAUGAUCCGGAUCCUUAAGGAUCUGAAGCAAAAACACCCGGAAAAGGAUCUGGAUCAGCUGGUAGAAAUGGCUAACUACUAUGCCUUGUCACAUCAGCAGAAGAGCAGAGCCUUUUAUCGCAUUCAGGCUACCAGAAUGAUGACAGGGGCUGGCAAUAUUCUGAAGAAGCAUGCAGCUGAGCAAGCCAAGAAGAGCACUAGCUUGCAUGAGGUGCGGCCGGAUGAGCCUGAGGAAUUCAUCUCCAAAAUUUAUUUUGACCCGUGUUCCUAUCAGUGUCUUGAGAACUGUGGUGCCGUUCUCCUGACUGUGGUUCGGAAAGGAGGGGAUGUGUCCAAGACCAUCUAUGUAGACUACAAAACCGAGGAUGGCUCUGCCAAUGCUGGUGCUGACUAUGAGUUCACAGAGGGGACUGUUGUCUUGAAAUCAGGGGAGACCCAGAAGGACUUUGCAGUGGGAAUUAUUGAUGAUGACAUCUUUGAGGAGGAUGAACAUUUCUUUGUGCGGCUCAGUAACCUCCGUGUGGUGGACAGUGAAGAACCUCCAGAGCUCGGUAACUCCCCAUACCCAAAGGCCAUACUGGCUUCUCCUUGUGUGGCCACAGUGACUAUCUUGGAUGAUGACCAUGCUGGCAUCUUCACAUUUGAGUGUGAUGUUAUACAUGUCAGCGAGAGCAUUGGUGUGAUGGAAGUCAAAGUUCUAAGGACAUCAGGUGCUCGGGGUACAGUCAUAGUGCCAUUUAGGACAGUAGAAGGGACAGCAAAAGGAGGUGGAGAAGACUUUGAAGACACUUACGGGGAGUUGGAGUUCAAGAAUGAUGAAACUGUGAAGACCGUAAGGGUUAAGAUAGUAGAUGAGGAGGAAUACGAAAGGCAGGAGAAUUUCUUCAUUGCCCUUGGUGAGCCGAAAUGGAUGGAACGAGGAAUAUCAGCUCUGCUGCUCACCCAAGAAGUGGCUGAAAGGAAGCUGACAGUUGAAGAAGAGGAAGCCAAGAGGAUUGCAGAGAUGGGCAAACCAAUACUUGGCGAACACCCCAAACUAGAAGUCAUCAUUGAGGAGUCAUAUGAGUUCAAGAGCACUGUGGACAAGCUCAUUAAGAAGACAAACCUAGCUUUGGUUGUAGGGACACAUUCCUGGAGGGACCAGUUUUUGGAGGCCAUCACCGUCAGUGCAGCAGGUGAUGAAGAUGAGGAUGAGUCUGGUGAAGAGCGCCUGCCAUCCUGCUUUGACUACGUGAUGCACUUCCUGACCGUCUUCUGGAAGGUGCUGUUUGCCUGCGUGCCCCCCACCGAGUACUGCAAUGGCUGGGCCUGCUUUGUUGUCUCCAUCCUCAUCAUUGGCAUGCUCACAGCUGUCAUCGGUGACCUCGCCUCCCACUUCGGCUGCACCAUCGGCCUCAAGGACUCGGUGACCGCCGUUGUGUUUGUAGCCUUCGGCACCUCCGUACCAGACACAUUUGCCAGCAAAGCUGCAGCCAUCCAGGACGUGUACGCCGAUGCCUCAAUCAGCAAUGUCACAGGCAGCAACGCCGUCAACGUCUUCCUGGGCAUUGGGCUGGCAUGGUCGGUGGCGGCGAUCUACUGGGCGUCACAGGGGCAGGAGUUCCAGGUGUCAGCCGGUACCCUGGCCUUCUCUGUCACCCUCUUCACCAUCUUCGCCUUCAUCUGCAUCAGCGUUCUCCUCUACCGCCGGCGGCCCCACCUCGGGGGAGAGCUGGGCGGUCCCCGGGGUUGCAAACUGGCCACGACGUUGCUCUUUGUCAGCCUGUGGCUGCUGUACAUCCUUUUUGCCACCCUGGAAGCCUAUUGCUACAUCAAGGGGUUUUAGGCGGCAGAGAGACGGUGCCGCCGAGGGAGGGACCCCCUCCUCCAUUACCUCACCGGACACCGGCCCUGGAUGAGUGGUUUCACCAGGAUGGAUGGCUGUCAGCUCGCCACCCUGACAGGUGCCAGGAUGGGCAGAUCCAUCAUGGGACGAUAAAGAAAUCCACGAAAACCACCCCAAAAAAUGAUGCAAAAGAAAAGAAAGCAACAAUGGCAAGCAUUUAAAGGGACAAAAUGAAGUAAACCCAGCCACUGACUCCAAUCCAUGUGACUAAGAAGUCUCAGCCAUCUCCCAAGGCCACCUCUCCCACAGGUUCGUUUCCUCUUCUCCAGAGCACCCCUCCGCUGUAAGGAGAUGCUUUCUUGUUUUUACUCUUUAGGAAUUGCAGAAGUCUGAUAGGAAAUUUUUUGGAUUUUUUUUUUUUUUUUUUUGCCUAUUGCUUUAUAGUUUGGGGGGGAGUGCACAUGGCUUGAUUUUUUUUAUUAUUAUCAUUUUUUAUUUUUUUUUAUUUUUACUACUUAGACAGAAAAAUGUUAGAAGUUUAAAAUCUAAAGCUUCAAGCUGCCGUCAGUGCUGGAAUCGAAGGUGUACUUUUUGAAGCCACAACAGACUCUGACACUGUCAAAGAACUUUUUCAAUCUCACAAGUUUCCUCCCCCGCCUCCAUCCAUUUCUUUCUUUUUUAAGAGCAUCACAGGACUGAUAUAUUUUUAAUACAGACACACACAUACAUACACACAGCACACCAGUUCAGUGAUGAAGGCUGAAGCAUGUAGCAUCUCAAUCACCUGCCUGGGCUAAGAAAAAAAAAAAAAAAAGGAGGAAAAAAAAAAAACCAAAACAACCAACC